GAGUGUCGUUACGGCUAUGAGUUGUGUCUUUUUUCUCUUACUCCGUAAUUAAAAGUAUUAACGACUGAAAUAAAAUUCAACAUUUUCAGAUAAUUUAAUUAUUUUUUGCUUGUAUUUCAUAUAUUUAUUACUGACAAUGAGUGUUUUGUUAAUGAUUAAUAAAUUUUGGUUAGAAUAUGCUAAAACUACUCCAAAAAAAGUUAAAAUUGUGGAUUCAUACUUGUUCUACGUUUUUCUGACUGGUGUUAAUCAAUUCAUCUAUUGUUGUCUUGUUGGCACUUUUCCUUUCAACAGCUUUUUAAGUGGAUUCAUAUCUAGUAUAUCAUGUUUUAUACUAGCAGUUUGCCUGCGUUUACAAGUGAAUCCAAUUAAUUCAGUAUACUUUGAUGAAAUCGGUCCAGAAAGAGGAUUUGCAGAGUUUUUAUUUGCACAUGUUAUAUUACAUCUUGUAAUAAUGAAUUUUAUUGGUUGAUUAUAUAAUAAAGUUGUGUUUGA